AUGCCAUUCCCCCAUUUAAUUUGUUUUCUUUCAAUUUUAUACGAAAUAAACCUUCCACUUGACCCAUUAAUCUAACACCAUCACACUAAUUAUAAUAUAUUCUACAUCUCGGGCAAGCAAAUUAAACAAAAUUAAUUAACUUUAAUUAUUUUAGUAACAUGCUCUUGAUCCUAGAAGAUCAAUAUAGUAAUACGCAUGCCACGUGUCGGCACGCGAUCCGUGCGAAUAUGAUAGACUAAUGCACGCAUUAUGGUAUAUAUGCACAUCAAGCUCACACACAUUGCUCCCCUUUUGAUAUCGAUAUUAUCACACACACUACACACACUUUUUUUUUUCUCAUAAUCUUCAAUCGAUUGAGCGUUAAUUUGAAGAAGGAAUUCGGAAACGAAGAAGGAGAAAUCAUCGACGACGACGACGAAGACGGCGGCGGAUCCAUGGAAGUUGGACUGAAUUUCAAGGAAACUGAGCUGUGCCUCGGCCUCCCCGGCGGAGGUGGAGGCGGAGGCGAGAGCGACGCCGUCAAGACCUCCGGCAAGAGAGGCUUCUCCGAGACGGUUGAUCUCAAGCUCAAUCUCCAUUCCGACGAGGCGGAUCUGAAGGAGGCGGCCGAGAACUCGUCCGCCGCCGCUCCUCUUAAGGAUCCGGUCAAGCCUCCUGCCAAGGCGCAAGUGGUGGGAUGGCCGCCGGUGCGGUCCUUCCGGAAGAACGCGAUGGCGAAGCAGAAGAGCGGCGGCGAGGAGGCGGCAUGCAGCGGCGGAGGGGCGGCGUUCGUGAAGGUGUCGAUGGACGGCGCGCCGUACCUCCGCAAGGUGGACCUCAAAAUGUACGCCACCUACAAGGAGCUCUCCGACGCCUUAGCUAAGAUGUUCAGCUCCUUCACCAUGGGUAACUAUGGGAGCCAAGGAAUGAUAGAUUUCAUGAAUGAGAGGAAAUUGAUGGAUUUGUUAAACAGUUCUGAAUAUGUUCCCACUUAUGAGGAUAAGGAUGGGGACUGGAUGCUCGUGGGGGAUGUUCCAUGGGAGAUGUUUGUUGAAUCUUGUAAGCGCCUCCGCAUUAUGAAAGGAUCUGAAGCCAUUGGACUUGCACCAAGAGCUAUGGAGAAAUGCAAGAGCAGGUGCUGAAGCAAUCAGUUAAUUUUACUACUUGUGAGACUUGGUUUGAUAUAUGCCCAGUAUUUGUUUUUCUUGUAAUCUUUCUUUUUUCUUUUUAAAAUUUGUUGUGUCUUCCUAUUUUAUUUCUGGGUUUUUUGUGACUGUGUCUGUAUUUUGUUAUAGUAUAUAGAUAUUGAAAAAAGAAGCAUAUGUAUUGGACAAGAAGGCAAAAUACACUCAUAUGUGUCUGGCUUGUUAUUGUGAUCUUUAUUGCUAUUAUUAUAAUUAAUUACUACUUGACUUUUAA